UACAAAAUAUGUAACCAUUUUCAUGAGGUUUUAAAAUUCAAUAAUGGGAUGAUUAAGGAUUUUGUUAUUGCUAUAGCCACAACUGCGGAUAAGUACUGUUUAAAUGAAACUAGGAGACGGCGUAUGAUAGUCUAACUUGCUAUCGUGGUCAAAAAACAGCAAUUUCAGUAGUUUUUAAUUAAAUAUUUAGUCAUCCGUUAUUGAGAGAGUUCAUUUUUCUUUACUUUUGUGUUGCGUUAGUUACAUCAAAUAUCUUAAUUGCAGUUAUGCAGUUUUAUUAAUUAAGCGAAUGCUCUAAUCAGAAAACCCGCAACUACUUGUCAAAUUCGUUUCCAAUAAGAUAUCCACAGCUGAUUGCAAUCAUGCAGUCAAGUUCCAGCUUAGUAUUGCCAUAUCUUUUCGAAAUGUAGAAAUAAAUAAUUAUGCAAAUACAUUUAAAAACUAGUCUGGCAGCGUUCUGAUACUCAACUACCUGCUUGUUGAAAUCCCGCGAAAUUGCAGUUUUGAGUGAAAAUUGUUGGAUCAAUAAAACUAAAGUAUAUUUCGCCUAAUUUAUUUGGAGCAAAAUUAAUCAAUACAUGUAGCAUGGCGAACAGCUCGCUUUUUGGUGGUUUUAAUGCAGUAGGAGGUACCAAAAAUAGCAACAACCAAGUUAAGCAGCCUGUGCAGUAUGCAACGCCAGGGCCCUUCACAAAGUCAAAACUUUUUCAGGAUUGUCCGGAAGCGGAUAUACGUGUGCUCAAGGAAGCAGCCGCCAAAGUCGUUGCCCAACCUGCAUCGGUUUUACUGCACUCGCCCUUAUCGACAAAAUGGUCGCAUUUAACAACAGGCUGUUCCGCUUUGGAUAACUGUUUACGAGGCGGUAUCGUAACGCGUGGUAUAACAGAAAUUUGCGGGGCUUCGGGUGUUGGAAAAACACAAUUGCUUCUGCAAUUAUCUUUGACGGUACAACUACCUACUCAUCUUGGCGGUUUGGGCAAAGCAGUUGCCUUCGUUUGUACUGAGGACGCAUUUCCUUCAAAGCGUCUAUUUCAAUUGGCCAAAGUAUUUGAAAAGCGUUUCCCCGAAAACCAAACCAACUAUAUGGGAAAUAUUUUCAUAGAACAUGUAUUAGAGGCGGAUGACCUAUUGCAGUGUGUGGGCGCCCGAUUGGCAAAUUUAAUGGAAUCAGUAAGCAUUGGCCUUAUUAUAAUAGACUCAGUGGCAGCAAUUUUUCGCACUUACAACAACUACAUUAAGCGUGCGCGUGACAUGCGCAACCUAGCCAACCACCUGCUGCACUACGCUGAUAAAUAUAAUUGUGCGGUGGUUUGUGUGAAUCAAGUCGCCACUGCGAGUGAUGCCGCAAAAGAAACACCAUGCUUGGGUUUAGCUUGGGCUCAUUUAGGGCGAACACGCAUAAAACUAUCCAAAGUGCCGAAAGAAGUAAAAAUCAAUGAUGAUUUAUUUACAAUACGCCGAUUCGAAAUUGUAUACUCGCCAGAUACACCAAAUGAAGUGGCUGAGUUUUUAAUAACUGCCGGUGGCGUGGUCGAUGUUCCUGUAUAGUCAAAAUACAAUCAUCCAAAUGCACUUGUAAGUAAGACUUAAAAUUUGUAUUUAAUUAAUAUAUUUAUUUGCCCUUUCGCAUAUGUAAUU